AUGUCCAACAGAAUUAAAAAAACAAAGAGUCCUUAGUUCAAAAAUCAUUCAAACAUAGAUAAAGAUUUAAUGAAAUAUCACAUAUUAUAAAAAAUCAACAAACCCUAAGGUCCAGUAAAAUAAAUCAUUAAAACAUAACCUGAUGAAGAUUUAGAACCUGAAGAUUUUAAAUAAGAAAUUGAAUUUAAGUAUUAACAAAAUCAUUUGAUAGAUAUAAGAAUUGCUAAAUUAAUCAUACAUUUAUAUUCCCUAAAGAAGAUUAUGAAUCCUCAUCUGAUAAUUCUCUUUAAUCUCUCAAAGAUACUACAUUUUAUAAUCUUAAUUGCAAUAACAUAGAACGUUUAACUGAUGCAACAUCACCUCUUUUUAUGAAGGCUUUGAAUGAAAAGUUAUUGAAAUUACCUGAAUCAAUUGAAGAGAAUAAUUCUUAAAAUACAACUCAAAAAUUUAAUGAUCUAAAUCCAAAAUAAAAAAAGUUCUAAUUCACCUUUAUAUUUUAGCUAAUACAAAUCUCAUUGUCAAAAUCAAUCAAGUACAUCUAUUGGAAGGCUCAUUGAUAAUUAUAUGAUCAAUUUAAAUACAAUGAGUUAACAUGCGAAUCAAAAUAGAGAUAGUGUAACUCAUAAAACAUAAAAAAACUAAUAUUUUAGAGCUACUCCAACUAUUUCAUCUGAUAAAAAGAAAUAAUCUAAAUAUAUCCUGUAAAUCUUAAAAAUUGCUCAAUAACGUAAAAUUAAUGAUAAUAAUAAGUAUUUGAAAUUUUAAUAACUUUAGUAAUCCUAUCAACAAAAGAACCACAUAAAUUAAUAGUUACUCUUUUAAUAAUACACAAAAUAUAUUUUUGAAUGGAAAAAGGAUUCCUGAAAACAUAAGAAUUCAAACUGAUUCUGAUGAUUUUGAAGGAACCUUAUAAAAAUUUCAAAUCAUUCCAAAAUCAAGGUAAAGUCUGAUUUUUAAUUUCAAGAUCGAAACUUAGAGAUCAGGUAACAAAAUUCAAGAAAAUUGAGACUUCAUAAGAUUGUAAAAUUCUUAAUUAUACAAUGGAUAAUCAUCUAUUAGAAUAACAGGGUUUAGCAAGAAAUGCAAAGAGUCAAAAUAGAAGUUAUAAAGUUUGA